UUUCUCUCUCUAUAACAAACACACUUUUAUUUAAAAGCUGUCAAACCCUUUUAUAAUCAUGGCGACUACACAUUGUUGACGCUUUUAUAUAUAUAUAAACACCUACUGUUCCUUUUCUGUUUCUAUUUCAAUCUUCACUUUUAUAAUCAUUUUGUUUCCCUUUAUUUCUAGAUUUUUUGUUUUUUCAUUUGGGUUUUUUUUUCCUUCUGAUUUUGAGUAUUGUGAGAUGGAUGUUGGAUGGUUGUCGGUAGCGGCGGUGUUGAUGGUGGUACUAGUUGGUGGCGGAAAUGGUUUUCCGGCGGAGGAUCUGGUGGUGAGAUUGCCUGGACAACCAAUUGUCGAUUUCAGGCAGUAUGCUGGGUAUAUAGAUGUGGAUUUGAAGGCUGGGAGGAGUUUGUUUUAUUACUUCGUUGAAGCUGAUAACGAUGCUGAUCGUAAACCCCUCUCUCUGUGGCUUAACGGAGGCCCAGGUUGCUCAUCGAUGGGUGGGGGAGCCUUCACAGAAUUAGGUCCGUUUUUCCCAAAAGGAAAUGGGCGGGGCCUACGCAGAAAUUCGCAAUCAUGGAACAGAGUGUCAAAUUUGUUGUUCGUGGAGUCUCCAGCCGGGGUAGGAUGGUCUUACUCGAACACGACUACAGAUUAUACCACCGGUGAUGCCAACACGGCCAGGGAUAUGCAUACCUUCUUGUUGAAUUGGUACGCCAAGUUUCCAUCUUUUAAAUCAAGAGAUCUAUAUCUUACAGGGGAAAGUUAUGCUGGGCAUUACAUUCCACAGUUGGCUAUUGCCCUUCUGGACCACAAUGCACAUUCCACUGAUUUCAAGUUCAACAUCAAAGGAGUUGCUAUCGGUAACCCGCUUCUUAAACUUGAACGCGAUGUCCCAGCAGUAUACGAGUACUACUGGUCACAUGGGAUGAUAUCGGAUGAGAUAGGCCUUACAAUCAUGAAAGACUGCGACUUUGAGGAUUAUACGUUCGCUUCCCCUCACAAUGAAUCGGGUGCAUGCAAUAAUGCCAUUUCUCAAGCAAACAACGUAAUUAGCGAGUAUAUUAAUAACUACGAUGUGAUUCUUGAUGUAUGCUACCCGUCUCUUGUGGAACAAGAGCUGCGGUUGAAGAAAACGGCAACCAAGAUCAGCUUUGGAGUCGAUGUGUGCAUGAGCCUUGAACGACGCUUCUAUUUCAACCUUCCUGAGGUUCAACGAGCUCUCCAUGCUAAUCGAACCAAGUUGCCUUAUCCGUGGACUAUGUGCAGCGGAGUUCUGAAUUACAAUGAUAAUGAUGGAAACAUCGACAUUCUCCCCCUGCUUAAACGAAUCAUUCGAAACCAAAUUCCAGUUUGGAUCUUCAGCGGCGAUCAAGAUUCUGUAGUGCCGUUGCUUGGAUCAAGAACACUUGUUCGUGAAUUGGCUCAUGAUUUGCAGUUCAAAGUUACCGUUCCAUAUGCGGUUUGGUUCCAUAAGGGCCAGGUUGGAGGUUGGGUUACUGAAUACGGGAACCUAUUAACUUUUGCAACGGUAAGAGGUGCUGCUCAUAUGGUGCCGUAUGCUCAGCCAUCGCGUGCACUACAUUUGUUUACUUCAUUCGUUCAUGGUCAAAGACUGCCUAACAACACCCGUCCUUCUAUCGAUGAUUAAUGACUUGCCCCUCAUUUGGGAUUUAACGUUAUUUCAGUUUCUAGUUUCAUUCGUAUCCGUAAAGGUAAGAAAAAAGAAUGAGGUAGGUUUUUCGUGAGAUUUGUAAGAACUAGCAAGUUAUAUACUAAAGGCCGUUUUAUGAGAAA